AUGGCGGCCAGGGCGCUGAGGUGCGGCGCGGCGGGGUUUUUAAGAUCUUUCCAUUCUUUGGCCCUUAAUGGCGCUAGAAGCCUCCACCCUAUUUCUGGGCUGUCUACACUUUAUAUCAAGCCGGGGCCGCUGUUGGCAACCUCUGCGAAAAAAAUGCUCCCGCCUGCCGGCAGUGUUUCUGCUGGAGAUUCAGUCUCAAUUUUGAACAGCAUAACACCCCUGCUACCAAGUAUCCUUCAUCAGCAAGCAAGGACUGUUAUCACGUACAGCUUACGAAAAGGAAAAAGGAAAACUGUAAAAGCGGUGGUUCGUAGAUUUCUCCGAUUACACUGUGGCCUUUGGCUGAGAAGAAGGGCUGGUUAUAAGAAGAGACUGUGGAAAAAAUCUGCUCAACGGAAACAGCGCUUGAGGGAGCAAGUGUUUUGCAAUAAAACCCAAUCCAAGCUCCUUGAUAAAAUGACCACUUCCUUUUGGAAGAGAAGAAAUUGGUAUGUCAAUGAUCCCUUCCAAAAAUACCACGACCGUACAAAUCUUCGACAGUAA